GUGGAAGAGAGAGGCUCAGGAGCUGUGCCCAUCACUCAGCGACUUACUGGUGCCCUGAGCGAGAAGAGGGGAGAGAGUGACACUGAUGUGCUGGGAUCCUCACACACCCUCCCACCGACACAGUCCUGCAGCCCAGCAUUGAGCCCAGACACACGGGCACAGCCAUGAGCGGCCACUACCAAGAGGAGACUUCUGAGAGGUCGGAAUGUAAAAGUAAAUCUCCCACCCUGCUCUCUUCCUACUGUAUAGACAGUAUCCUGGGCAGGAGGAGCCCCUGCAAAAUGAGACUUCUGGGCGCCCAGAGCCUGCCUUCCCUGGCACAUCGGCUGGACCCCGACAAAACUUUGGAAGGGUCACCUAAGGGCAAUGCUACAUUUGAGGCCGAUUUGCACCUGCCGCCCAAACUAAGGAGACUGUAUGGCCCAGUGGGGGCUGGGGGCAGGAUCCAUCUCCAGUCCAUUGCUGAUGUCAGAUCUGGGGUGCCCCGUUCAGAAAAGACUGAUCGUAUUUUACUUUUGGGGGGAGCAGGGGAGAAUUCCUGGGACAAUCACAGCCUAAAGAUCAGCCAGGCCCCGCAGGUCAGCAUCAGUCGCAGCAAGUCGUACAGAGAGAACAGCGCCCCCCUGCUGCGAGAGGAGCACAGCCCAGAGGGUCUCAUGCAACAGUCACAGCAGCAGAUCCAAAACAGCUCCAACAACGCCUGCACCUCUUUACAGGACAGACUGGGAGCCCUUUCUCAGAGUCCCAGGGAUGAGGAAGACGACGAUGAGGACGAGGAAGAGGAGGAGGAGGAAGAAGAAGAGGAGUCAGACAAACAGCAUAACUCCAGCAACCCCAACAGGGGGCACCUACAAGAUCAGCAGCACCCACAAUUCCAGCCGCAGCCGCCGCAGCCACCCCCCGGGUGCGGAACUGACGCGGAGCUGUCCCCUAAGGAGGAACUGAUGCUGCACUCUUCAGAUGCUGAUGGUAAAGACGGAGAGGAUAGUGUGUGUCUGUCUGCUGGCAGCGACUCUGAGGAGGGCAUGUUAAAGCGCAAGCAGAGGAGGUAUCGAACCACCUUUACCAGUUACCAACUAGAGGAGCUGGAGAGGGCCUUCCAGAAAACCCACUACCCUGAUGUCUUCACCAGAGAGGAGCUAGCGAUGCGCCUGGAUCUGACAGAAGCCAGAGUGCAGGUUUGGUUCCAGAACCGCAGGGCGAAGUGGAGAAAGAGGGAAAAGGCGGGGGCUCAGACACACGCGCCGGGCCUCCCUUUCCCCGGGCCCUUGUCUGCCGGUCACCCACUGGGCCCUUACCUGGAUGCCAGCCCCUUCCCUCCCCACCAUCCCGCACUGGACUCUGCUUGGACCGCUGCAGCCGCCGCGGCCGCCGCUGCCUUCCCUAGUCUGCCUCCUCCACCGCCCGGCUCUGCGGCUCUGCCUCCCGGUGGCUCUCCGCUAGGACUCAGCACCUUCCUCGGGGCAGCAGUGUUUCGGCACCCCGCCUUCAUCAGCCCGGCCUUCGGCAGACUUUUCUCCACUAUGGGUCCUUUAACCAGUGCUUCCACCGCUGCAGCUCUCCUAAGACAACCCAAUCCUGCAGUGGAAAGUGCAGUGCAAUCGAGUGGGCUCUCAGACCCAGUCACAGCUGCAGCCGACAGACGGGCCUCCAGUAUAGCAGCCCUCAGGCUAAAAGCUAAGGAGCAUGCGGCCCAGCUCACACAGCUCAACAUCAUCCCUGGGAACAGCACCGGCAAAGAGGUGUGCUGAGCCGAGGGAGCCCCACUAAGACCUAUACUGAGACCAAAUGGAAUGGAAGCAAAUCAAAUGCGGACCAGUGACUGUUGGAUCCUGGGUGUCCUGCUCAAAGAUUCAGACACUGGAUGCCUUGCAGUAAUAAUGAGUGUAACUUUUAUGCAGAUAUUGCUCAGCAUAACCUUGGCUUAGAGUCAGGAGUCAAUCCCUUACAAACCUGCACAUUGCCUAUUUAAUACAAAAUAUUAAUUCAAAAACAUACUUGUUUUGGUUAUGCAUAGGGUCCUUAUUCACAUGGAACAUUCCCUUAAUGCUUAACCCAUUGCCAAUCCUCAGAACCCUCCUCUCUAUUCCGGACUGGGAUUUGCUGUGGCUUACAUAGUGAAUGAAUGGAGGCAGACACAAACCCAGGCUGAAAAGAUAGUCAGUGCACUUACAAGAUCAGAGUAUCUUUUCUUUUUGCUUUCUCUUCUAUUGAUUUCUUUGUCCAACAUGAACCAAGGUUUUGUUUUUGUUUUUUUUUUAUACCAAACCAAAGGGAAAACGAACUGUCAGAUUAACGGACUGUUUGAGUCACUAAACUGUGAUCGUUGCUCCUGUAUAUAACAUUGUUAUUAAAAAAAUAAUAAUAAUAAUAAUUAAGGGAAAAAAAAGAGCUUUGUAUAUUCGAAAUGUUAUAAAAGAAUUGCACUCAGUGUAGUGUUGUAAAAGUUUGUCAACCUGUAGGGUUAUAUCUGUGUUGUAGAUACCACAAGGUUCUUAGCAGAAAUAUUUAUGUACAAGCCCUUUAUUUAACUUAUUAACUGUAGAGGUUCCUCAGACCUUUAAAGCGAUGCUACCGUACUUGUGUAAUGCUGUUGAUUGUCAGCACUUUUUCCGAAAUGUCACAUGGAAAAAGUGUCCCCCCUGCUCAGAAUAAAAAAAAAAAUCUAUAUGUUUUAACAAAUCAAGAGUGUGUUAAAUGUAAUAGGAGCCGUAGGUAAAAGGAGGAUAGGGAAGGCUGAUGGCAAAAAUAUAGUAAGGACGCGAGGAUAGAAUAUUAUUAUUAUUAUUAUAGAUGGGAUCUAAAUUUCCAUAGACUGAUGUUCUUUAUAAAUAGUCCUUGAGGAACAGGAGUCUUCUGGCUGUGAAGAUCCAGGAUGCUCCAUAUUUCAUGGGAUCUUGCUAUGAUUGACGAUACCACCACCAGGCACGGGCUGAACAGCACCGGAGCAUGUCCAGUAAAGAACCUUCAGAGACCCAGAUUACCAUGAGCAUGUGCAGAACCACUGACACCGGGGAGAGGCCUGAGCAAAAUCAGGAUGAUAUGGAACUACAAACCCAAAUUAGGGUUUAGAUCUCUUUUAAUAUUACCUUAAUAUGUUAAUUAAAAAAAAAAUCAAACCCUA